CGGACUCCCACUAAAGGACCAACAAGGAAAAGCAAACAGUCAAAUAAAGCGCGCUUCGUUCGCUCUUCGACUUUGAUCCGUUUACAACCGCGUUCCCGGGUUUAAUACGUGCUGUUGAAGAAUUCCUCCAUGUUAUUCAACUAAGCGAUACUCAAGACGCAAAACUAAAGAGCCCAGGAUCAGGGCCUGGCGGACGUGUAGACGCACCAGAACCGUCUACCUUCGCCGUCCUGAACUGGAUUUCUUUUCUUUUCUAUUUAUUUCGUUAUGCCGUCCUUUUUCGUGCCAGGUCUUCAAGGCCUGCCCCCUACUCCUCCCCACAUCAUGAGCGGUGGCAGAAUGGACUCCGAGCACCCAUUUUACGUGGUUGGCCACUCCGCCUUUCCCCCUCGCUACUCGCAGAGCGGUUGUGAAUUUAUUGAGCAGUACUCCCAAUCGAGCUGCUACUCCAAGCCCGCCCCGAUGAACAUGCACCCGUCGUCGAUGCGCAGUGGCAGAGAUAUGGCCAUGAUGAACCAGCCCAUUUUCGGUCCGAUGCCUACCGCGAAUGUGUUGCCUCCCCUCCGAAACAACGUCCAGUUACCCCCUAUGGACAGCGCGAUCCCGCCUCAGUACCGCCGACAAGACGUCAUGGUGCAACCCGAACAGCAACAGCGCAAGGAGGAGAAGGCUACCGGAGGUGUUGCCGCCCGCUUGGAUUAUGAGAUGGACCAGAUGUCCGACUUCGUGGCUGAGAUGGCCCAGGGAAUCGUCUACCCAGGAACGUCAGUCCCGCCGCAAUUCCGGAAGUACGUCUUUCAGAUUCUGUCGUCGACUCGCUUGCCAAGCUCGACGAUCCUUCUGGGCCUCUACUAUUUAGCCAGCAGGAUGCGCAUGCUGUCUUCUUCCAAGGUGUUUUUGUCUGGCAAUGGUCAAGUUUACCGGAUGCUCACCGUUGCCCUCCUUCUGGGAAGCAAAUUUUUGGACGAUAACACCUUCCAGAACAAAUCGUGGGCGGAGGUCAGCAACAUCCCUGUGAGCGAGCUGAAUACGAUGGAGCUCGAAUGGUUAUUUGCUUUUGAGUGGAAGAUCCACGACCGCAUCUAUGACGAUCAGGACGGAUUCGCAUCCUGGCGCUCUCACUGGGACACGUGGCGUGCGAAGACCGCCCGGGCCCAUGAUUCGCGUCACAAUCUGGCCCCGAUCGACACUAACGUGUCCAGGGGUUCUAGAAUUUCCAAGCCGCUCAUGUCCCCGGAAGGUCCCAUCCCUCCCCAGUACCAGCGUAGCUCUCACUUUGAGACUUCCUGGCUCAACCCGGCGGCGUCUGAGUAUUCGCCCCCAUCAGCCCCCCACACUGGCCCUAACACCCCAGACUACUACGCUGUUGGACCGUGGGCUUAUACGAACCCGCCACCGCCAUAUUCCCGAACCUGGAUACCUCCCCAGCCACAAUACAUGCCACAGGCGCCACGGUCGCAACCACCCUCCUACCACCAUACCCCGUCAUAUGCGUUGCCAUUUGCACAGAGCGUAUGGACAGGUCAUGGUUCCUCCUGCGGUUGUUUGCAUUGUGCUAAACACGUUGAGCACUAUAUGUGCGCUGGUGCCUUCGGCGGAAUGCAACCUAUCCUUGCCGGCUAGUGGAUGGCUUGCCAGGCUGUUUCGGAAUCCGCGGUGUACA